AUGGGUUUAAAGGACCAGAGAAGCUCCCAACAGAUCUCAGACCUGUUUGAUUGUAUAGAGAGCAUGAAGACUGAACCCUAUUCUCUGCAGACAUAUAUGAGAGCUCCAGAAAAGAAAGUCAGACAUGAGCUAGAGGAGAAGCUGAGAGUGAGAGACAAUGAAAUCAAAGAAUUACAGAUGAAGAUCAAGACGCUGGAGGGUGUGAGGCUGAAUCUGGUGGUGUGUGGGAGUAACAGAGAAUUAAUAUCCUUCAUAUCAAACCUGAUCCUGAAGCAGAGCGAGAGCAGAUCAGAGCUGAGCUCAGAGUGUGUGAGGAGAGACGUGGAGCUUGAUGGACGUCUGGUCAGUCUGGUGGAGCUUCCAGCUCUGUUCAACACUCAGCUCUCAGAGGAGGAAGUGAUGCGUCAGACUCACCGCUGUGUGUCUCUCUGUCAUCCUGGAGUUCAUGUGUUCAUCCUCAUCAUUCCUGAUGCUCCACUUAAUAAUGAAGACAGAGCAGAAAUAGAGGAGAUCCAGAGGAUCUUCAGCUCUAGAGUCAACAAACACAUCAUGAUCCUCAUAAAGCAGGAUUCAGAUCAUCAGACAGCAGAACUCAAUGAAGAAACACAGUCUGUCAUUGAGAGAUUUGGAGGACGACAUAAUUUCAUUGGUCCAAACACACAAGCAUCUGUGUUGUUGGAGAAAUUAAAGCAGAUGGUUGAAGAAAAUAGUGGUGAUUAUUUCUCCACAGACACAUUGAUGGACGAAAAGAUGGAAAAUCUGCAGAAAUUUGAAAUAAGGAGAGCAAUUCAUUCAUUAGAGAAGUGGUUUCAGUCCCAAGAUUCAAAAGAAAGAGAAGAUGAACUAACGAUUGUGCUGCUGGGAAAAACUGGAGUUGGGAAGAGUUCAACAGGAAACACCAUUUUAGGAAGAAAAGUGUUUGAAUCAGACAUUUCUCAAACAUCUAUUACUAAAGUGUGUCAUAGAGAGACAGCUGAAAUCAACAGCAGACACAUUACUGUGAUCGACACUCCAGGACUGUUUGAUACUGAACUCAGUAAUAAGGAAAUCCAGAGAGAAAUCAGCAACUGCAUCUCCAUGAUCCUGCCUGGACCACAUGUGUUUCUCUUACUGAUCCCAGUGGGACGAUUCACUCAAGAGGAGGAAAAAUCACUGAAGAUCAUCCAAGAGAUGUUUGGUGAAAACUCUUUAAAGUACACCAUAGUGCUCUUCACCAGAGGAGACUUUCUAAAGAACAAAAUCAUUGAACAGUAUCUGGGGGAACCUGGAUCUACCCUUAAAAACCUGACUGAAGCAUGUGGAAACAGAUUCCAUGUGUUCAAUAAUGAGACUAGAGACCGAACACAGGUGACUGAUCUACUGCAGAAGAUAGACAACAUGGUGAAAGAGAACGGAGGGAGUUACUACUCAUGUAAGAUGUUCAGAGAGAUGGAGAGAGAAAAACAAGAACAACAGAAGAGCAUAUUGAUGGAGAAAGUGAGGCAAAUAAUCAGAGAAACAGAAGAACUGAUGAACAAACAUAAAGAAGAGAAAGAGAGGAUGAAGAUGAAGAUUGAGGAAGAAAGACAGAAUCAUGAGAAAGUGAGAAAGAUAAGAGAAAAAGAAUAUAAAAGAGACAUUAAAGAAAGAGAGGAUUUUUUGCAAUUUUUAAGCAAAUCCGGCUGCAGUGUUGAACCCAUUCCCAAAUGA